AUGAGUGAGGAUUACCAACCACACGUCAUCCUGCUUACAGGCGGUGCCGGUUUCAUUGGAUCCCAUGUUUGCAAUCACUUAGUUCUUAAGUACCCAGACGUCAAGCUUAUUUGCUUGGAAAAAAGUUGUAUUUCUUUCAUUUCCUUGCCAUCUGAACUAACAAGUUGA